AUGACAGCCAUCAGCAUCAGAAAGAGAAGCCCCUCUGGCUGCUCACAAUACACACAGCGCCGUGACCAGCCAAUCCCAACGACGGCCUACCACCACAAGCAAGGCCAGGCUGCUACUCGACAAACCAGAUGGAAGCACCGAGAGCCGUGGGCCAGACAACACGAAGACUACGGGCAUGCCUCCAACAAGCCACGUUGGGAUUGUGCAAAGGCAGAUGAAAUGUCUCAUAUGCGGUAUUCAAUGGAACGAGCGAGUCAUCUAAUGGUCAAUGACUCCGCGGAGAACCAUCUUCCAUUCCCUAUUCUCGAAUAUGUCCGACGUUGGCUUAGUAUCAAGCACACCCCAUAUAACUUCGGCGCCAGUCAUCGGAACUAUCUGAAUCCGAAUUCGCCCGCCGGAUUCUUCGUCAAUGGCGUGUCUGGCUCGAAUCAGGAAUUAUUCCCCCGAUUCAUAAGCGUCAUGCUUGCAGGUCUUUCCACAGCAUGGACGAACCCACCGAGCGCCGAUUUUGACCAGCAGUAUCUCCAGGAUGCACGUGAGUUGGUCGACAUCAUGUUAUCUGAGUCCAAGAGCCAAGAUACGCGACCGCCGUACUUCAACUUCAUUAUUGGAGCCUAUGUGUACUACGACAUGGCUACAUCGUUCCUCGUUCCUGUCAACCAGCAGCUGCCUCUCAAUACCGGUGAGAUGUAUGCCGCCGUGCUCGAUGUGGGCCAAGAAUAUCACCCUAUUGCGGGCUAUACAACAGAUAUCUUCUAUCUUCUAGGCACAGUAGGACGUUAUUGCCGAUCGGUCGUCGAGACUGGAGUUCGCGACGAAGCCCUUGAGGCCGUACUGGAAGAAGAGCUGGAGAAUUGGGAACCGAAUUUGGAUAGUCCCGAGUUGGGACUCAUGAGCAAUGCCUUUCGCAUGCAUGGGCUGAUUAGCCUCGCUGCCAUUUGCUACCGGCGACAGGAUGAAAACACACCACAGGAGCACCUCGACCUGUCCGUCAUGAUGGGCACGGAUAUGCAGGAGCAGAUUGAGAAGUGGCAGAACCCGAGGACUCCACCUGCUGGCGACGACAUCACCGACCAGGGACGGGGCCUCGAACCUGAUGAUGAGCCUGAAUCUGAUGACUUUCUCGAAGCGAUGGUUAGGAUGCGUGCUCUGAGUGUUAUUCGUGAUUUGGCCUCUAUACCAACAGACAAUGCUUGCAUCAAUCUCCAGGCGAUCCCGCUGUUCACCGCAGGGUCCGAAUUGACCAGAUCUGACCAAAAGGAGAGGCAAAUCGUUAUUCAACGUUUCAGAGAGCUGUAUUCAAUGAACCAUCUUCGUACGAACCUGUCGGCGCUGGAGAUACUCCCAGAGAUCUGGGCCCGCAAAGACCGAGGCGAAACUAUCAGUUGGCUGGAUGUUAUGGUUGAAAAGGGUUGGAGCUUGAUGCUCGGUUAA